AUGGUGCAUGUCGUCGACAAUCGUGUAAUUCCUGCAGUCGAUGAUGAUAUCACAACUGGAAAAGGGGAAGAGUUAUGUGAAGCUUAUGGUUUUAGAAAAAUUUGUGAACCGUUGCCAGAUGAUAUCACUCUAAGAAAUAUUAUUGAUACUCUUCCCAAAACGGUGUUUGAGAUUGAUGAUGUGAAAGCAUGGAAAUUGGUUUGUAUAUCUAGUACAUCAUAUGCAUUGGGGAUCUACAUGAUCACCAAAUUCCCUUGGUAUAUUCUUCCAUUGGCAUGGGUGUGGACAGGAACUACACUUGCAGGGUUUUUUGCAUUAGGUCAUGAUUGUGGACAUAAAUCUUUCUUGAAGAACAAAAUGGUGGAAGAUAUUGUUGGAACUUUGGCCUUCUUGCCAUUGCUAUACCCCUACGAGUCAUGGCGGUUUAACCAUAAUCAACAUCAUGCAAAAACAAACAUGUUAAAUGAAGAUCCAAGUUGGCAGCCCAUAACUGAAACAGAGUUUAACGAGUCUCCAUUUUUACAGAAUGCAAGGAUAUACGGAUAUGGUCCUAUGCGCCCACUCAUGUCUAUAGGUCACUGGUUAGCAUUCCAUUUUGAUUUGAAAAAAUUUAGAAAACAUGAAGUUAAAAGAGUAAAGAAGAGUCUAGCUUGCGUAUUUGCGUUCGUGGUAAUUGGAUGGCCAUUAAUCGUCUACAAAGUGGGGAUAGUUGGAUGGAUUAAGUUAUGGUUUAUGCCAUGGUUACUCGCUCAUUUUUGGAUUAGCACCAUGACAAUGAUUCACCACACUGCACCGCAUAUACCUUUUAAACAUCGAGAUGACUGGAACGCUGCACAAGCCCACCUUAAUGGCACGGUGCAUUGUGAUUAUCCUCGAUGGGUGGAAAUCCUUAACCAUGAUAGCAAUGUUCAUAUACCCCAUCAUAUCUCCCCAAGGAUUCCAUGCUACAAUCUACGAGCGGCUCAUGAAUCUCUUCAAAAGAAUUGGGGAAAAGUAAGAUUGUUCAACGCCCUUUCAUUUCAUGUCUAUAUAUUACGAUAA